AUGAUGCCAGGAGCAACCUCCUCCCCCAUAAGGAAGAAAAGAAAGCUGGAGUUGGACAGAAUAAGCAACCUACCGGACGACCUUACGCAACAAAUUCUGUCAUAUUUGCCUUUCAAGGAGGCAGGGAGGACAAGUAUUUUAUCACGUCACUGGAGAUUCCAAUGGGCUAUGCUUCCCUCUCUAGCUUUCGAUCUUUUUAUAGAUGACCCCUAUGUUGUGGAUCACGUUCUCUUACUUCAUGAUGGUCCCAUACACUCUUUCAAACCCUCUACAAAAUAUGCUAUGGACAUAAUUGCUAUGGACCGAUGGAUUCGUCAUCUAUCGAAAACUCCUAUCAAACAGUUCAUAGUGAAAGGGUAUAAGCGUAGUAGAUUAUACCGACCUUACGUUGUACCAUCCUCUUUGUUUUCUUGCCAACAUUUGACUCAUUUAGAGUUGAGCAAUUGUUCUCUAAGCCUCCCGCCGACAUUCAAAGGCUUCAGGAAUUUGAAGACCCUUGAUAUUCAGAGAGCUAUCGUGCCCCAACUAGAAUUGGAAAAACUGAUUGUUUAUAGUCUUUUGCUUGAGAGAUUGACUGUAUGUCAUUUGAAGGAUAUCGCUCGUCUAAAAAUUGACGCACCAAAUCUUCAGUUUCUUAAAGUUGGAGAAGAGUUUGAAGAUGUUGAACUCGUGAAUACCUUGAAUCUUGUUCAUGUUUCACUUGAUCGAAAAUGGCCUUGUGGGAGGUGGGACAUAUUGCUCAGAAGUACACCUACUCUACGAGAACUAGAAAUUUCGUUUCGCCAAGAACAAGAAUAUUGGGGUCGCCAGAAAAAUGAGGAGGCAACCUCUUGGAAAUUGCCCAAAUUGCAACGUCUGAAAGUAACAGGCUUCUCUGGUGCGGAAGAUGAAUUAGAAUUCAUUAAGUUUCUGCUUAUAAGCUCCCCUGCUCUUCAAGAGUUACAUAUUUUGUAUGAAGAGACUAAGAAGAGGGACAACAGCAUUAAGAUCCAGAGAGUAGACGAUGCUGCAAUGGCAAACCAAAAUUUCGCAUCUACCCAACUGCGAGUUUUGAACAUUAUUGGCUUUUCACCAAAGCUGAAGUAG